GCAUCAACCCCAAACAAGCAACCCCAAGGCGCAAGAUCACCACCAAUUGCCCCGUCAAGAUGGGUGGACACGACGAUUCAUUCGAGAUGCCACAGAAGGCGACCCGCGAGGAGAUGCGCGACGCCAAACUCCCCAUGGCAUACCGAGACAGCUGCGCCAGCCUCCUGAUCCCCCUCAACCGGUGUCGAUUCGAGACAUACUAUCUGCCGUGGAAGUGCGAGCAAGAGAGACACACAUACGAGAAGUGCCAAUAUGUCGAAUUCAAGAAGCGGGUGGCCAAGAUGGACGAGUUGAGGGCGGCCAAGGACGGUGCGAGGAGCAACUAGAGCAUGGAAGAUAUGGGCCGCAAUUGCGAAUGUCCUUGGCUUUGCACUUUGUAUGUCAUCGGCCUAUUGAUUACAAGAAAGAGAACAAAAUAGACGACUCAAGAACACCACUGCUCGUUCCAAUUGACGCCGUCAGUGGAGAUAUGUCGACAAGAGGGGGAGAACCCCCCUCUCCAUCUGGACAGAAACUGGUCUGCGGCAGCAUGUUUCGAUGGAAGCCAUACGCCAUCGAGGAUUGGCGAACAUAGCAUUUCUGGCCAACUGAGAUCUGCUUCUUGACCUGCCUACUCGGC